GCAACCUACACAUCGCGUAACGCAUUCCAUUGAUUGCAUGAAAGAGAAGAGGAGUUAUAUCUAUACAAAGAUCACAAACAUUUGCUAUAAUUUGCUCUUAUCUUACAUUGAUCUCCAUUCUCCGAUUCUGGACGUUCAAAGAAAGAUAGAGUGUGUGUGAUGGAUGUCCAGGUGUAAUCUGAGUAGGACCUACUGUUUUGCCUUCUGUUUAUGAUGGAUGGGUUUAAUCCUCUGGACCUCCUUGCCAGUGCAGCAGAGCUGCAACAGAAACAUGAGGAUGGUCCAGAGAGAAUAAUUAUCACACGGCAGCGGAGAAUUAAUGCAGGCAAAACUUUCAUCAACACCAGCGGGCAGAAAGAAAAUAGAGAACUGAGUAACAACAACAGUUCAAAAAAUAAACCAAGUGUAGUAAUUGUCAAAAAGAUUAAAAAGGUUGAUGUAAACCCAGAUUUGGAGAAAAUGCUAGAUGAACAUAAUUAUGGCAAUGCAAAAAGAAAUAAUAAUAAGAUAGGGUUAGAGCCAGUGCUUGAAAUUGGUGAGCGAAAAAGAAUAGGUACAAUGUUAGAUAAUUGUCAUACUUCAGAAAUCUGUGUGCAAGCCUCAACCACUGAAGGGCAAAAUGUAGAUAAAGUCUCACAGCUGAAUGACUCAGAGUGUAUUCAUGUUGUAAAGUGUAACAUUGACUGUACAGAUAAGACUACACAUUCAAAUAGGAUAUGUAUAUGUAAACAAGAAAAUAGCGAAAAUAAGUGGUCAGAAUUUGAUAGGGGAACAAAUCUGUACAGCCAGGGACAUGCAAGUAUAGUUUUAGAUAAAAAUGGACAAAACACUUUAAAUAGAAAUGUAAAGUCACAUGAUAUUUUGAGUAGGACACCUGAUAAGAUGAAAUAUGAUAGUAAACAACAUAAAAUCUUUGACAUUUCAGUAGGAAGUAGAGACUUGUUGACUCUUUCUGAGGAUGGACUGGAUUUAGAUGAACAAACAGGAGAAUUUAUAACAAAACCUGGAUCAAAAUUUUUAAAUAAACACUCUGUUAAUGAAAAAGGAGACAAUCUGGAAAAUUGUAGUGAAACUGAAAAAGAUGAGCUACUAUGUCUGUCAAAGAAUUCUAGUUGUGAAAAUAAAUUAGCAACAAAAAUUAGGUCGGCAAAUCUGGUAAAAGCUGAGAGUAAGACCAUGUCAUCUCAUGUUCCUAAAAAGUCUGCCUCUGAGCAAAAAAAUGUGCCUAGUGUGAAAGUGAUUCCUUCAGACAUUAUCUCCGAGCCUGUGGUUGAUAAGCAGCUUCAAACUUUUGUAAUCAAUAUCACUGAAGGAAAUAGUUCUGGAGACAAGCUUACAAAAUUUACUGUUUCUAGCAGCCAAAAUUUACCAGAUUCUAGCAUUGAAGGAAAAACUUCAAGUACUGGAAUAAUCAGAUCUCUGUUAACAGAAAAUAAAGUUGGUGAAUGGAAUGAGGGUGUCAAUUCAGGGAGCAAAAAGAAACCAGUGAUAUUGAAUAUUGUGUCCCCAGAAACUAAAUUACAACAUUGUGAUCCAACAAAUAGAGGUGAAAAAUCUGCAUCUUGUGAAUCUUUGAAAGAUCUUGUCAUAUCAGACUCCUUAUGUACUGAUGAUUCCUCUACUAGUGUUCAUUUGUUUUCCCCAGACUGCAGAAACCCAGACUCUAUGGGGAUUGUAGAAAGUCCAGUUACACAUAAUGUGAAUGAAUUAUACUCGGGGGAUCAAGAAUAUAACAGUGUCAUAAAGUCCAGUAAUGCGGAAGAGCAGCUUGCACUAUUAGAUAGACCUGAUGAAAUUAAAAUGCAGCCAGGGAUAAGUAUUUGUAGUGCUGUUGCCUCUAGUCCAUUGAAUUCAAGUAUUUGUGAUAGUGCAGGAGACCUUGAUACACCCAGUGUAGAAACUAUUUCAGAUUGUAGAGAAUUGACUGUAGAAUCAGGGUUGUUACUGACAGAAAAAUCUGAAAAUUGUGAUAAUAGUGCUAAUGAUAUCUUACCUACAUUGUCAAGUGGAAGUGGUAUACCAGUCUUUCAGUUUGAUUCUGAUCAUUGCUAUGCAGGAAUGCCAGGAAAAAUAAACACUGAAAGAGGUUCUGUUGAAAAUGAAAAUUUAGUGCAAAGUGAAGAAGAGGAGGCAGAAAGUCCGCUUAGAUCUGCAAGUGAGUUGUCACAGGAUAGUGGGUAUGAAGAUGUAACCCAAUCUCCUGAAGUACAACAGCCAACAACUGUAAUGGAAGAAAAUAUUAAUGAAAAGCCAUCAGCUGUUAAAAAUUUAGUUCCAGUUCUUGUUAGUGUGAACAGCAAUGGUUGUUUAACUGUGCAUGAUACGAACCUGACAAAAACACUUGGAGGUCAGGUGUUUUUGCAUGAAAACAUGAAACUGAUAUCGGGGACCAAUAUUACCUCAAUUUCACAGGCACCAUUGAUUCUUUCACCUGUUGCAGUAGGAAAAGCUACAUCUCCUUUAUUAACUGAAGUACCUAAGCCUGUUCAGUCAAAACCAGAAAGUAUUAUUGGAAUAUUGAGUCCAAAAACAUCAGUAAUGUCUGCAACAUUAAAAGAUUCUCAGGAAAUUUCACCACCAAAAUAUGGAAAAUUCAGAAUAGGAACAUUUGCUUCUUUCAGUAACACAGGUGUGGAUUUAGAAUCACCAACAAAGCUGAGCUUACAAGUGAAGAAUGAAGACAAACCGAAGAAGAUCUGCCAGGCUUCCAUAAGAUGUCGAUCAAACAGCGUGAAGGGUGGAAAAUCAUCCCCAGUAGUAGAUACAUUAGGAACACUCGUACAGAAAGUGAAAAGCAGCUUAUCUCCAGCUUCUUAUGUCGAACCAAAUGGUAUUGACCACAUUCAUCAUGAUCAUGAUUACUGUACAAAAAACUUAAUGCCAUCAGUAGUGAACAGUUUUUUGGAAGCAAGGUUGCUUAGUAAAGACUCUGCUAAAGGAAAAGUAGCACAUAGUAGAGGGAAGAAGUCAGAUAUAGACUUUAGAUCUGAGUAUAAGUCUUCAAAACGCAAAAGAAGCUCGGCAGGUGUAACAAAGGAAGAAGUGCAUGAUGACUAUGAUGUAGAUAGUGAAAGUGAUACACUUAGUAAUCCAGAGUCCCUGAGACCAAAAUAUCGGAGUGAAAAGCUUAUUGAACCAAAACAAACUGAUCCAAAAGUUAAAAUCACAGGCAGCAGUAAUUUUCAAGACCAGUUUGUGUACUUCAUGAACACAAAGAAACGUAGUCGUAGGCGUGAAAGUAAAGACAUCCCUUUACCAAAUGGGACAGAUCGUAUUUUCAUUCCACCUAAGCCAGGUGACAUUGUUGUACCUCAUUUAACUGAUCAGGAUAUUGAGAAUUUGAAAUUACGCUCAAAACAGUCCAAACACCAACCUGGUACCCCUUGUUCUAAUUCUCUUAGAAAUGAAUUCAUGGCAGCAAAACUUGGCAAUGGGGUAUUUCCAGCCACACAACCGCCUGAAACUGUUGAUGAUGAGAAGAACAUAAUAAACACUAUCCUAAGUCUUGAAAAUGAGGAUUUAGUAUCACCUGUUCAAAGUGAGCCACCACGAUACAAUGAGUCGAUGGAACUGUAUGGUCAAGGUCUGAAUGCUGAUAUAAUGAAUCUGUUCCCAGAACAAAUGAACCUUACACCAGAACAGAUGGAUAUAUUGUAUAGUGCUGUUGAUGAGGUUCAGAACUCGUCACCAGGACUUGUUGGCACAGAAAAACUUGUUUCAGCAGAAACUAGCAAUUCUGCUUUCCAGUUUCCUAUGCAGUCAUUUGAAGAUUCGGGUGUUGCUUGCACUACCACUGUCACAGAUGGUUGUAGAGAAGCAGAGGAUACUUUAGCAAAAGAAACCCAGCUUGAACAAGAUACUUGUGCAGAUGAGGCUAACACUGAGUCGGUGAGUGCUAAAAAAGAUGCAACAUCUGUUACUGAUAAUUUGGAGAUAGCUGAAACACCAGAAAAUAGUGAGAUACUGUCAGAUAGGAGUGUUGAUGAAAAGUCAAAUGAGAAAACAGGAAAAAGUGAAAAAACAGAGGAAUUAGAUAGCGUUGAAGAUAAAAGUAAUGCAAAUACAAUUAUACCAAAUGAAAAAAAGCAAUUAGAAACUUCCAAUACUCUUGAUAAUUUAUCUGCUAAUUCAGGGACAUCACCAAUGUCCACUCAAAAUAUUGCAUUACACAGUUCAGAUGCAAGUAAUGAAAGCAUAAAACUUGUUAAUCCAGUUGUACCAACAACUCAAAUAUCUGCUGGGAAGGCCUUAUUUCCAUCACCGACAUUAGAUACUGGAAGUGUUGCCACAACAUUUGAGUCAGAUAUCAGUUCAGCUGCUUCCAGUUCAUUAACAUCAGAAAUUUCUUUACCACAAAUUGAUAAAUCACUUUAUCUACUUGGAAAUGACUUUAGACUUGACAAAGGAGAUCUUUUUCCAGAUGGUGCUGUUCCUAGUACGGUGGUACAACCUCCUGCUCAGGUUGACUAUAAUGCACCUUGGAUUGUUACUGUGAGCAUGUACUGGAAUGAUUUACCAGCAAUUAUGAUCAAUAAUCAGCCAUUUGUCAGACUUGUUGAUAUUCAUAAACAAAUACUACCAGCUAAGGAUACAGGUAUUCUAAAGAAAAGGUGCCAGCUCAUGAGUAUUGAAGUUGAAAACUGUUCAGAAAUGCAAAGGUACUUCCUUGUGCAGUAUGGAAGGGCAUUCAAUUCCAAAAGUACCUUGAUUAUUUCAAAAGAUAACGCUAAGAUCCUCAUUGGCUAUUAUGUUGAUCCCCAGCCUAAAACAACACGACCAGAAGAUCACCACAAGUCCAUUAUUGAUCAUCGUCGAGAGCAACUGCGUAGGAUAGCUCUUGCUCGACGUGCAGCUAUGCGUGCACAGAGACUCAGUGAAAAGAAAGAUGAACCAGAUCCUAGAGAAAUUAAGGAACCACAGAAUGACUCAGACACUGAUCAACCGGAUCAUUGCAGUUUACAAGAACUGACAAAAAAACCUGAAGUUCCAGAAGUGGCACCAAACCUUCCACAUAACCCAUUGUCUAAGAUUGAAGGAGGUUGUCGGCAGCGUGCAACUCGUCAUAAGAAAAUAAACUUCCUAGAAUUGCUGAGAGGAGAUACAAGCAGUCAUAUAAGUGAAGAGGAACCUGUUGAUGACCAUAUUACAAAACACAAGUUGCAUCAGGUAGCAACAGAUGGGAAAAAGAAAACUACUUUGAAAGAAAGAAAGGUUAAAGUUGUCAAAUACACCAUAGAAACAGAUAGUAGUGAAGAAACUGACAGUGUGCAAUCUGAUUAUAGCUCAGAGAAUUAUGAUACUGACUCGACAGUUGGGUCUGAAGUUCAGGUUUUGAAAAAGCCAGUCAAACAUAAGAUAAACCCAUGUUUUGUAGCUAAAGUUCAAUCUAGAAUGAAAGUGUCAAAGUCCUAUAGUAAAGGACGUUUAAAAGUAAAACUUGGAUUAAAGCAGUCAAAGUCUGCAGCUACAUCUACACCUGUGGCUAUUCGAGUUGUCAAUAAACAAGCUGCAGUGACUAAAUUUGUAACAUCUGCUUAUAGAUCAAAAUUAUCACAGAAACCAAGAAAAGAACUGCCACCUAAGAAACCUCCAGGAAUUCUUCGUAAGAAUGUAUUAUCAAUGAAAAACUCUGCAAAAGAAGACCUCAAUAAUACAAGUAAGAGUGAUCUGAAAAAAGUAGAUGUUUCUGAAAACAGUCCAUCAGCUUUUGCUAAUAUGAAAUGUAAUAAUUCCAGUGAAAUGGAAAUGAAAUCUUAUCGAAAUAUAAAGUCAGCUGAUGAAGUCGCCCCAUACAUGGAGCUACCUAUUUCACCAACUUUAACAGAGGAAAGUUCAGCUACUCUUAAUUUAUCAAGCUCUAAAACAGUAGAGACAUCACAAGUAAAAUUAGUAGAGUCAGUGAAUGUCCAGACGGACUCUUGUAGUUUUGAAAAUGAUGAUGAUACUAAUUUGGAUGCAUGUAAUAUAGACAAUACAAGUUUGGAAAACAAUACUGAAAGUAAAUGUUUAUCAAAACAAGCAAAUGAAAUUCAAGAGUGUUCAAGUAAAUCAGGUGGAACAGAAAUUGAAAGCAGGUCCAAAUCACCUGCUUUAGCAGAAAGUUCAGUAUCUGUAAUGAAAAGAAAAAGCAACAUACAGAUAGGAAAUGAUGAAACUCCAAUUAGAAUAAUUCACCAAGACUCGAGUCCCCAGGCACAACAUAGGUCAAGAUCUCAGCUUGGAGAAUUGUUUGUUGAACACUACCACAACAAGAAGUCAUUGUGUGUGCGCUGCUACACAUGUAGAAAAAUGAUGUCUGUGGAUAACUUCUUACGUCACCAGCACGAUAUAAGUGGUGGUCUUCUUUCUGUUAAUUUACCUCGAAAAAUUGACUUGACUGAACCUGAAUUAAAUGAAAAUGAAGGCAAACAUUGGGAAACUUUUUUGAGAAAGAAAGAAUUGUUCGAUAACAACCAGUUGCCAUCACCAGACAUUGUUGGAGACACCUUGGUUUAUAGCAUUGAUGGAGAUAGUACUGAUUCGUCUCGAGACAUUAGGAAAUUCACAAAUAAAAGCUCUCAGUCAGGUCCAAGAAUUAUAACCACUCCAGUUUCGCCAAUAAAAAGGGAGAAAAUUGUACGCAAGAAUAAAACUGUAGAAAAAACAAAGUCAAGAUUGAUAUUAAAUCAAACAUUCUCUCAUGGACCAGUCAGUAAAAAACAGAGUACACACACACAUGUUACAGAAGGUGUAAGAACCAGCUCAAGAAAACGUAAAAUGAAGCAUCUUUAUGGCUUUGAAGACUAUUCAUUCACAAAAUUUCCCCGUUUAAUGAAAAAUGCAGUAGUUGAAGAUGCAAAUGACCAAGUAUCUUAAUCCUUUUAAUUUGAAGAAAUUGAAACCAGAUACAUUUACAAAUUGCCAUCCAGCAGAUAUUUAUGCAAGACCAAGUUUGAAGUAUUCGGCUGUUCGGUUCAAACUUUACCUGGCCAGAGCAGGGAGUGCACAAGGUUGCUAUUGUAUUCACCCUGUGUCUGUUGAUGUGGAUUUAUAAUAUAUGUCAUCCACAUUUUCCCAGAGGUCACCCUUUGGGUCUAUCAUAAUUAAACCUAGUCGGAAUUUUCUGCUUCACUAAAACUCGUGAGGAGGGGCCUCCAUGGCUGAGUGGUUAAGGUUGCUGGACUCGUAUUGAUGUGGGAUUGAAAACUUGGUUGGGGUGUAGAAUUUUUCAUGUGAGGAAGCCAUCCAGUGGGCUUAUGGAAAGUCAUUCUACACAGGUGCUGGCCUAUGUCUGAAACAUGGAGGGGCACCUGGCGUCUCUCUCCAUCAAAAGCUGGAAUGUUGCCACCUAUGACUGUAAACCCAACUAGAAAAACCAAGUUCAGUACUAGGUCAUCUAUAGCAAAUCAGAGAGAGAAAAAACUGUUAAAAUUAUAGCAGCCACAUUUUCUCUAUUUACAUUGAAGCCUGUCUAUGAAAUCAAGGACAUGUAGAAAUAGGGUCAACAGGGGUCAAUAUUUAAAUCACUUUGUUUAAUUUUAGGAAAACCUUGUUAAUACUCUAGAUGCUCCCUUGUUUUAGGUAAACUGACUCUUUCUAACUAAAAUCCACCUUUGCCAGAGGGAUUCUACCUAGUUUUGUAGGAUUGCAAAAAUGGAGUUUUAAAGAGGAACAAGUGCAAAUGGACAAUUUGUCAAUUCAAUCUUAUGUUUUUAGCUCGACUUUUCGAAGAAUAGGUAAAGCUAUUGUACUCACCCCUGCGUCCUAGUUGGUUUUGUAUGUAAGCUGAUAUCUCAAUACCCACUUGUUGCAAUGGAUUGAAACUAAACACUUAUUAACUGUAAUAAACUGACAUACAUUACACAGGUUCCAUGACUCUAUUUUGCUUUUUAACAAAAUUAUGCAUCUUUUUCCUCUUUAUAUUCAUUCAAUUGACAAGGCUGUUGAAUAGUCAAGCGUUACUGUCCUCUGACAAUUGGAUUUCCCCAACAGCACAUUUUCAAACAUUAAUAAGCCCCUGUGUCAAUUUUUAUAGUGACCCCAAAACAUGCAGGUUUAUGGUAAAAGAUUUUUAGAAACAUUGAGAGACCUGUAUGGUGUUGAUAUAAAGACAGUGGACUGUGUGAUGAUUGUAAUGAUGUUAUGCCUUAUUACUGGUCAAAUUAACAGAACUGGAUUUCGGAAAACGUGUAUAAGUGCUCUACUUUAUCAGAUAAUUGACUUGUAAUAAAGUGAUUACAGAUCAAACAGUCCAGUUGGGUAGAUUUUUAUCUGAUUUUAGUUAAUUAUGUCUCCCACAACACACAGACACUGGUUUGGGAGACAUAUUGAUUUACUCCUCUGUGUGUGUCUGUCUGUCUGUCAUAACUUAAGUCGACCAUUUCUCAUCCCAUCUUCACCAAACUUGAACAAAAUAUGUUUGACCAUAAGCCCUUGGCCAAGUUCGAUAACUAGCCAAAUCCGCCCAGGCACUUUCGAAUUAUGGCCCUUGAAUUACUCAUUGGAUCCAAUUGUCUAGGCCAUGAUUGGAUCCACUCGUCUAGUCCAUCUAGACAAACAAGGCAGUUGUGGGAGACAUGCGCUUUUCUCAAAAGCAUCUCUAGUUUCAUGGUUAAUUUCAAAGUAACUAUAUUGAGAUUUACGUAAUUAGUUACCAGAAAUAAUAUUUCAGAAAAACAUUCAAAAAUAUUACAAUAAAUGUAUUAUACUUAGUGAGAGUAGGGAGGAAAAUAAAGAUUAUGUUAAAGAAACUUGUGUAUGUGACAUUUUUAUGAGAAAGUAAAGCCAUUGAUUGUAAUUUAUAUUUAGAAGUUAUUACACAUGGGCCAGUACCUCUCCUAGUAUUCCAGUAUCACUGUAAGGCAUAACAACUAGUCCUGUUUAUAAUCUUUUUAUUGCAUAUGUUCCAUUCUAUUGUUCAACUGAUAACAUGAUAAAAAUAAUAUUUGUUGGUUGUCUAUCAUCAUUGAAUGUUCAUGUAAUGCACGGGAACAUCAGCACUGUUAUAAGUUUAUGCAUUCUCUGUCUAUUGUUUCUUGUGUAAGCCUUAUUUCUCCAUAUUAGAAGAGGGAGCUAGCAAAAUUGUUAGUUUACCAUGUUUUCUUUUGUUAAGUAAAUAGUUUAUAGGUACUUGUCAUGCUGUCAGUGGAAGUAUUAAAUUUAGAUGUUUUGCACCCGA